AUGUCGCCCUUCAACCUCGAGACCUGCGCGCGGCCCAAUAUCCUGGCCCUGCAGCCGUACCGCUGCGCGAGAGACGACUACAAAGACGACGGCACAAACGUCCUCCUCGACGCCAACGAAAACGCCUACGGCCCCUCCCUCGCCGCAAAGGAUGCCGCCGCCGCCACCUCCUCGACCUCGUCGUCCUCCGUCGCGGGCCUCGGCAUCGACCCCCUCGGCCUGCACCGCUACCCGGACCCUCACCAGCACGACCUCAAGCAGCGGCUCUGCGACCUGCGCAACACGCACGCCCACACCCCCCGCGCCAUCACCCCGGACAACCUCUUCGUGGGCGUCGGCAGCGACGAGGCCAUCGACGCCCUGCUGCGCUGCUUCUGCGUGCCCGGGCGCGACCGCAUCCUCACCUGCCCGCCCACGUACGGCAUGUACUCGGUCUCGGCGCAGGUCAAUGACGUUGCCAUCGUGAAAGUCCCGCUGCUGCCCGCCCCGGGCUUCGCCCUCGACGUGCCCGCCGUGCUCGACGCGCUGAGCAACGAACCGCACAUCAAGAUCGCGUACCUCUGCUCCCCCGGCAACCCCACGGGCUCGCUGCUCGCCAAGGCCGACGUCGAGCGGAUCCUCGCCCACCCGACGUGGAACGGCGUCGUCGUCCUCGACGAGGCCUACGUCGACUUCGCCCCCGAGGCCGCCUCCCUCGCCGAGCUCGUCGCCGAGCACCCCAACCUCGUCGUCAUGCAGACCCUCUCCAAGGCGUUCGGCAUGGCCGGCAUCCGCCUCGGCGCCGCCUUCGCCAGCGCCCCCGUCGCCCGCCUGCUCAACUCCCUCAAGGCCCCCUACAACAUCUCCAGCCCCACCAGCGCCCUCGCCGCCUACGCCCUCGGGCCCGACGGCCUCGCCGUCAUGCGCGCCAACCGCGCCCGCAUCGUCGCCCAGCGCGACCGCCUCCUGCGCGAGCUGCCCCUCAUCCCCGGCGUCGGCCGCCUGCGCGGCGGCACCGAGAGCAACUUUUUGCUCUUCGAGAUGCUCGACGCCGCGGGCCGGCCCGACAACGUCACUGCCCUCGCCGUGUACGAGCGCCUGGCCGAGACAAAGGGCGUCGUGGUGCGCUUCCGCGGCAAGGAGCACGGCUGCACCGGCUGCUUGCGGAUAACGGUCGGCACCGAGGACGAGGUGACGCGGCUGCUCGAGUCGCUGCGGAAGCAGCUGGCCGAGGUAAGGGGCGAUGGGCUGGCCGUUGACGGAACGGCGGACGAGGAGAAAAAGGAGCAAGAGGCAAACAGCGUUGUGGCAUAG